AUGAAUGCAGAUGGCACACCAAAUCAAAUGGGUACCAUUACUCAUUGUACCUGGAAGAUGAUGAAAAUCGGAGGAAGGAAGACGCUUACUCGCUUCCUCUUGACCGGCAUUGGCAAAGAAAACAUACUUCUCGGCAUGCCGUGGCUUAAACGCCUCAAUCCGAUGAUCAACUGGGAAACCGGUGACUUUUGGUUUGGUAAAGACGCCAAAUGGCCACCGAAACCCACCGUCGAAGAUGCACCAGAUGAAGAAGUUUCGAUUUUCAAGGAAGAUGGACUCCCAGAGUUAAUCACCACCAAAAAUUCCCCUACCUCGUUUGGGCAUUCGGAAUCUAUCAGAGAAAUCAUGGCCGAUAACACUGAGCGUGGCGAGUUACCCGCAGUGCGGGAUGAUACCGAACCAGAUGACCCACCAUCAGAACCCCCUGUGGAUCAGCUCGAUGACGACGAUCUAGUUAUAUCCUAUAUCGCAGGAGAGCCAGUUAUUGGGAUAUUUGAACCCAUCAGGAAGGAGUCACCGUUGAUGAAUGAAGAGACUGAAACCGCAGUCUUCACCAUACGAAGAGGCCCCGCCAUUGGAAGAAUGACACACAGUACUCGAUCCCCAUUAUUCUGUAACGCACAGAAUACGGUCUUUUACAAACCAUCCGGUAAAUCACAAGAAUUGGCACAACAGGCACACAAGGAAGCAUCAGCUGUAGACAAACCCAAAACCGUCGAGGAGUUGGUCCCCAACUACCUCCACGAUUUGAAGUCCGUUUUUGAAAAGAAAGCAGCUGAACGCUUUCCAGAAACCAGGCCUUGGGACCACGCCAUUGAUUUGAAACCCGAUUUUAUUCCACGUGACUGUAAAGUCUAUCCGUUAUCGCUCAAAGAACAAGGAGCGAUGGAUGACUUCCUAGAAGAAAAUCUGCGAAAAGGAUACAUCCGACCGUCGAAAUCUCCCAUGGCUUCACCAUUUUUCUUCGUAGGAAAGAAAGACGGAGCACUACGUCCCUGUCAGGAUUACCGAUACCUGAAUGAAGGAACAGUGAAGAACGCCUAUCCUCUUCUGCUCAUCUCUGACCUUAUGGAUCAAUUCAAAGGCGCAUCGAUCUUUACGAAAAUGGAUUUACGCUCCGGAUAUAACAACGUCAGAAUCAAAGAUGGUGACCAAUGGAAGGGCGCAUUUAAGACAAAUCGCGGACUUUUCGAACCUAUGGUCAUGUUCUUUGGACUCUGCAACUCCCCGGUGACUUUCCAAAUGAUGAUGAACGCACUCUUCAAGGACAUGAUCGAUGAGGGAUGGAUAGUCAUUUACAUGGAUGAUAUCCUCAUCUUCUCAAACGAUUUGGAAGAACAUCACGUUCGAACCCGACGCGUACUCCAACGACUCAAAGACAAUGACUUAUUCCUUAAACCGGAAAAGUGUUUCUUUGACGUUAAAGAAGUCGAAUUCCUAGGCAUGAUUAUUCGAGAAAACUACAUUGGCAUGGACCCUAUCAAACUUAAAGGAAUUGCAGAAUGGCCUGAACCAAGCACGGUAAAAGGUGUUCGCUCUUUCCUAGGGUUUGGAAACUUCUAUCGGAAGUUUAUUGCCAACUUCUCGGAUAUUGCCAAACCAUUGACGAAUCUUACGCGCACUGCCGCUGGAUCUCCACCUUUUGAAUGGACAACAGAAUGUCAGACAGCUUUCGACACAUUGAAGCAACGAUUCAGUACCGCCCCAGUACUGUUACUGCCUGACAAGGCAAAACCCUUUAUUGUUGAAUCUGACGCUUCCAAGUUCGCUACGGGUGCAGUUUUACACCAAGCCGAUAUCAAUGGAGACCUCCAUCCUUGUGCCUACAUUUCACAGACGCUCAAUCCAGCUGAACGGAACUACGAAAUCUACGACCGCGAACUCCUCGGAAUCAUUCGAGCUCUCACUGAAUGGCGCCAUUAUCUUGAAGGCUCUCCCCAUCCCGUCGAAGUUCGCAGUGAUCACAAGAACCUCACGUACUUCCGUACAGCUCAAAAGUUAAACCGCCGACAAGCACGAUGGAGUCUCAAAUUAUCACAAUUUGAUCUUCACCUCAUCCAUGUCCCUGGCACUCAGAUGAUCCAAUCUGAUGCACUCUCUCGUCGUAAUGGACUCGAUGACAGUGAAGGUGACAACGAAGAUCGCAUUCUUUUACCCAAUGCACUAUUCGUGCGAUCCAUUUCCCCGACACUAUUCGACGAAAUCAGGAAUCACGCAGCAAAAGACCUCAUUGUUCACGAAGCCCUCAAAGCAAUUGCGCACAAAGGGCCAUUCCCCAUGAAAUCAUCGCUUUCUGACUGGGAAGUUCGCGAUGGUGUCAUCCUCUACAAGGGAAAGAUUUACGUUCCACCAUCCGAAACUCUUCGUCGUGACCUCGUUCGACUACAUCAUGACUCCCCUGCCAUGGGUCACCCUGGAAAGUUCAAUACUCUUGAACUGUUACGUCGUGAAUUCUGGUGGCCCGGCAUGUAUACCUUUGUCUAUAAUUAUGUUGAAGGCUGUGCCGCCUGUCAACAAAUGAAACCGAAUACUCAUCCAACUCGUAUUCCUUUGGAACCAAUUCCCGCCAACCCACACGCAUUACCAUUUUCCUGUUGCACCACCGAUUUUAUUACCGACCUCCCCGUUUCCAACGGUUUUGAUUCAAUUAUUUACGAAGGGGGUGAUUCUUACGCCCUGCCUCAAAACGAUCACAGCCGAAGGAACGGCCAAGAUUUUUCAUGA